CCUCUCCGGCAAAACAAGGCUGUGUUUGUUGAGACUCCCGCCGAGCCAAUCCGCGCGCCGUUACCCCUGGCAACCGUGUCCAUCAUUCCUCGACGCCCAAUGAGCGACGGGGGCGGCGCGGAGUCCAGGUGCGCCUCGGCGUCCACUUGGCAGAGCGCCUGGGAGCCGCCUAUGGGCAGGAGCGGAUCUGUCAAAUGCGAGGUUCCUUUAAUAAGAGCGACCAGUCCGGCUCCGGGAGUCAUGGCGACCGCAGCGUCUAACCACUACAGCAUCCUCACCUCCAGCGCAUCCAUCGUGCACUCGGAGCCCGGCGGCAUGCAGCAAGCCACGGCGUACCGGGACGCGCAGAGCUUGUUGCAGAGCGACUACCCGCUGCAGAGCAACAGCCACACGCUCAGCCACGCGCACCAGUGGAUCACGGCGUUGUCCCACGGAGAGGGGACCCCGUGGUCCUCGAGCCCCAUCGGCGCGGAGCAAGACAUCAAGCCCGCAGUGCAGAGCGCCAGGGAGGAGAUGCACAAUUCCAGCAGCAGCCUGCAGCACCAGUCGCGGCCGCCGCACCUGGUGCACCAGGCGCACGGGAACCACCACGACGCGCGGGCGUGGAGGACCACCACGGCGGCGCACAUACCGAGCAUGGCGACGACGAACGGCCAGAGCCUUAUUUACUCCCAGCCGGGCUUCGGCGUCAACGGGCUGAUCCCGGGGAGCGGCCAGGGGAUGCACCACCACAACCUGCGGGACAGCCACGAGGACCACCACAGCCCGCACCUCAGCGAGCACGGCCACCCCGCGUCCCAGCACCAGCACCAGCACCGGCCGCAGAGUCACCACGACCACUCGGACGAGGACACGCCGACGUCGGACGACCUGGAGCAGUUCGCCAAGCAGUUCAAGCAGCGGAGGAUCAAGCUGGGGUUCACGCAGGCGGACGUGGGACUCGCCCUGGGGACCCUGUACGGAAAUGUGUUUUCCCAAACGACCAUAUGCAGGUUUGAGGCCCUGCAGCUCAGCUUCAAAAACAUGUGCAAACUGAAGCCGCUGUUGAACAAGUGGCUGGAGGAGGCGGACUCCACCUCGGGCAGCCCGACCAGCCUGGACAAGAUCGCGGCGCAGGGCAGGAAACGGAAAAAACGGACCUCGAUCGAGGUGAGCGUAAAGGGAGCUUUGGAGAGCCAUUUUUUGAAGUGCCCUAAGCCGGCCGCGUCGGAAAUAAUCACCCUGGCGGACAGUCUUCACCUGGAGAAAGAAGUGGUCAGAGUUUGGUUUUGUAACAGGAGACAGAAGGAGAAGCGCAUGACCCCUCCCGGAGGAGCGCUGCCGGGCAGCGAGGAUGUGUACGGGGACACGCCGCCGCACCACGGGGUCCAGACCCCGGUCCAAUGAACUCUACCGGACCGCUCCUCCAGGACUUGUUCAUCGGUUGUUGUUUUUUUAUUAUUAUUAUUAUUAUUAAUUAAUAUUAUUAUUUAUCCCCGAGGAUAUAUAUAAAUCACUGGACUAUGAGACGAUCUAGUGAGUGUUUUAUGUAUAAUAGAUUGCAGCGAGCACCUCCACGAUAUCUGCAGUGAAUGUGUGAGAGAUGAAGGGAGGGUGAGAGAGGGGGGGAUGGAGGGGGGACAGUUUGUGCUCUCCGAGGACACAUGCCCAGCACUGUGAGUCGACGCGGUUUCAAGGUGUAGCCCCUGUUGUGUAUUCAAAAUUAUAUUUGACUCAAAAAAUAAUAAUAAAAUAAAA